AUGUCUUGUGCCGACGAAUCUGAUGAACAUUGGAGUUAUGACAAUCCUUCUACAUGGCCUGAUCAUUUUCCAGCUGCAGGUGGCUCAUGUCAAUCCCCAAUCAAUGUAGUUUCGAGUGAAACUGUUCCUCAACAGUAUCCACCAUUCGUCUUUUCUCCUGAUUACAUGGGACUAACAUUGUUGACACUAACAAACAAUGGUCAUCAAGUAGCUGCGACUUUGAAAAAAGAUGCUGAAAGUAAGACUCAACCUGAUUUGUGGAUAACAGGCGGUGGCUUGAUGGAUACAUUUCAUUUCGUUAAUUUUCAUUUGCAUUGGGGUCGGGGCGAUAGACAUGGAUCCGAACAUGAAAUCGAUGGGAACAUGUUUCCAGCUGAAGCACAUGUAGUUCAUAAGAAUAAUAAAACUGUAGAGACUGCUGUCUUAGGAUUCUUGUUUGACAUCACGAAUUCACCUGACGAGGAAAAUGCUCAAUGGAAAGUAUAUUCAACAGCUGCAAGUACAUUGAUAAAUAUUGGAGAUACCGUCGAUUGUACGAUCAAUAUGAGUCAAUUGUUGAAUAUCGAGGACAAGCAAUUUUUCCGUUACAUCGGUAGCCUGACAACACCGCCAUGCACCGAAGGUGUUAUCUGGACAAUAUUUAUGGACAAUAUUCCAAUAUUAGAACAGGACUUGAAUUUACUCCGCACAAACAUAAUGCGAAAAGUCUAUCGACCAGUACAACCAAUCAACGAUCGAGUUAUUUAUAAAAAUCAAGUCAAUUAA